CUGAGCUGGUUUCCCCAUCGCAGCCUCCUCCUCCUCCUCCUCCUCCUGCUCCUCCUCCUCCUCCUCUGUCCGAUCCGGCCAGGACGGCUGCUCUGCAACGCGCCUUGGCAUCUCGGGGGGCACGGCCAGAGGAGCACAGAGGGCCUGUCUGCUCAGGAGUCUCAGCCCCACCAAGCCCCAGGCCACUCCGGGCAUGGGGCAAGAGGGGCCCACUCACCCCUAGUCGAAGCAGGAGCCUGUCGGUGGGCCAGUCCGAGCCCCCCGAGGGCCAUGGGGCUCCCACCGAAGACUCCCCCCAUGCCCAGGCCCCUGCCCCUGCUCGGCUGCCUCCUGGCCCUGCUCGCCCUGUGCCCAGGGGGCCGCCCCCAGACCGUGCUGACCGACGACGAGAUCGAGGAGUUCCUGCAGGGUUUCCUCCAGGAGCUGGAGCCCAGGAAGGAGGGCGGCCCGGAGGAGGAAGAGGGGGACAAGGAGGGGAAGGGCAAGGAGCCGGAGCCCCCCGAGCCCUCGCCGGGCCCCAAGAAGGGGAAGGGGAAAGCCGGGAGCAAGAAGAAGGAGAAGGCGGUGGAAGGCCGAGAAGGGACUCCGGACAAGGCCCGGGACAAGGGAAAGAAGGGGAAGAAGGAGAAGCCCCCCAAAGCCACCAAGAAGCCUCAGGAGAGCACCACCAAGCCUCCCAAGAAGGGGAAGGAGAAGCCCCCCAAGCCCACCAAGAAACCCAAGGAGAAGCGGCCCAAGGCCACCAAGAAGCCAAAGGAGAAGGCUCCCAAAGCCACGAAGAAGCCUCCGGCUGGGAAAAGACCCCCAACACAUCCCCCACCGGAGGAGGACUUGGAGAGUCCCCUGCCCCCGCCCCCUGCCCCCUACCCGGGACGACAGCAGUGGGAGGAGGAGGAAGAGGGCCAGCGAGGGGACCUCAAGGAGGACAAGGCAAGAGAGCCGGAGGAGGAGACAGAGCCGCCCACCUUAGAUUACAACGACCAGAUUGAGAGGGAAGACUACGAGGACUUCGAGUACGUGCGGCGUCAGAAGAAACCCAAGCCCCCUCCAAGCAGGAAGAAAACCGAGCGACCCCGCCCGGAGCCCGAGGAGGAGGAAAAGCCGCACCCCCCAGAGCCCCCCGAGCCAGACAGGCCCCUGAGCCCUCCACACCCGCCGCCCCCUCAGCCGGGCCCCGAUUACGAGGACGGCUACCUGAUUCCCAACUACGAGGACCUGGACUACUACGUCCGACCCCCCAAGCCCAGGAAGCCGGACAGUGAGCUGGAGCCGGACGAGGAGAAGGAGAGGCUGAAGAAACCCAAGAAGGAGAGCGGGGGAAGCAGCAAAGAGGACGAAGAGAAAUGGCCGGAGGAAAAGGGCAAAGACCGGAAAGGCAAACCCAAGAAGCCAUGGGAAGAAGAAUGGGCUCCUGUGGAGAAAGAAAAGUGCCCCCCCAUCGGACUGGAGUCUCAUCGCAUCGAGGACAACCAGAUCCGUGCCUCCUCCAUGCUGCGGCACGGAUUGGGGGCCCAGCGUGGGCGGCUCAACAUGCAGGCCGGGCCCAAUGAGGACGAUUACUACGACGGGGCCUGGUGCGCGGAGGAUGACAGCCAGGUGCAGUGGAUCGAGGUGGACACGAGGCGGAACACCAAAUUCACGGGCGUCAUCACCCAGGGUCGCGAUUCCCUGAUCCACGAUGAUUUCGUCACCACCUUCUUCGUGGGCUUCAGCAACGACAGCCAGAAUUGGAUCAUGUACACCAAUGGCUAUGAGGAGAUGACCUUCCACGGGAACGUGGACAAGGACACGCCGGUGCUGAGCGAGUUCCCGGAGCCGGUGGUGGCCCGCUUCAUCCGGGUGUUCCCGAUCACGUGGAACGGCAGCCUGUGCCUGCGGCUGGAGGUGCUGGGCUGCCCACUGUCAGCCGUCCACAGCUACUACAGCCAGAACGAGGUCCUUGCCACGGACAGCCUGGACUUUCGCCACCACAACUACAAGGACAUGCGGCAGCUGAUGAAGGUGGUGAACGAGGAGUGCCCCACCAUCACCCGCACCUACAGCUUGGGCAAGAGCUCCCGGGGGCUGAAGCUGUACGCCAUGGAGAUCUCCGACAACCCCGGCGACCACGAGCUGGGGGAGCCCGAAUUCCGCUACACGGCCGGGAUCCACGGCAACGAGGCCCUGGGCCGGGAGCUGCUGCUGCUGCUGAUGCAGUACCUGUGCCGGGAGUACCGGGACGGCAACCCUCGCGUGCGCAGCCUGGUCCACGACACUCGCAUCCACCUCGUGCCCUCCCUCAACCCCGACGGCUACGAGAUCGCCAGCCAGACGGGCUCCGAGUUUGGAAACUGGGCCCUGGGGUUGUGGAGCGAGGAGGGCUACGAUCUGUUCGAGAACUUCCCCGACCUCAACACGGUGCUGUGGGGAGCCGAGGAGAGGAAGUGGGUGCCCCACCGCGUCCCCAACAACAACCUGCCGCUCCCCGACCGCUAUCUUGCCGAUGACUCCACGGUGGCCGUGGAGGUCCGCGCCAUCAUCGCCUGGAUGGACAAGAACCCCUUCGUGCUGGGGGCCAACCUGCACGGCGGGGAGCGUCUGGUGUCCUACCCCUAUGACAUGGCACGCACCCCCAGCCAGGAGCAGCUCUUGGCAGCGGCCCGGGCGGCCGCCCGCGGAGAAGAGGAGGACGACGAGGGUGCCUCCGAGGACCAGGAGACUCCCGACCACGCCAUCUUCCGCUGGCUGGCCAUCGCCUACGCCUCGGCCCACCUCACCAUGACCGAGCCCUCCCGGGGGGGCUGCCAAGCCCAGGAUCACACCAACGGCAUGGGCAUCGUCAAUGGAGCCAAGUGGCACCCCAGAGCAGGCAGCAUGAAUGACUUCAGCUACCUGCAUACCAACUGCCUGGAGCUCUCUGUCUACCUGGGCUGUGACAAGUUUCCUCACGAGAGCGAGCUGGCCCGCGAGUGGGAGAACAACAAGGAGUCGCUGCUGUCCUUCAUGGAGCAGGUGCACCGUGGCAUUAAGGGGAUCGUGUCGGACGAGCAGGGGAUCCCCAUCGCCAAUGCCACCAUCGCCGUGAGUGGCAUCAAACACGGCGUGAAGACAGCCAGCGGCGGCGAUUACUGGCGCAUCCUGAACCCGGGAGAGUACCGGGUGUCGGCGCGGGCGGAGGGCUACACCCCCAGCUCCAAGACCUGCAACGUGGACUACGACAUCGGGGCCACCCAGUGCAACUUCAUCCUGGCCCGCUCCAACUGGAAGCGCAUCCGCGAGAUCCUGGCCCUGAACGGCAACCGGCCCAUCCCCCGCAUCGACCCCUCGCGCCCCAUGACCCCCCGCCAGCGCUUCCUGCAGCGCCGCCGCAUGCUCCACCGCCUGCGUCUGCGCGAGCAGAUGCGCCUGCGCCGCCUCAACGCCACCGCCAGCGCGGGGCCCCCCACCAGCCAGCCCCCCACCUUCCACCCCAGCACCCCGGAGCCCCGGAGCCUCCCCCCGCCCACGGCGGCCACCUGGGAGACGGAGACCUACACCGAGGUGGUGACUGAACUGGGGACGGUGUUUGAGCUGGAGCCGGAGGGCGAGGAACAGGGGCCGGAGCCGGAGGGCGAGGAGGAGGAGCCGGCCAUGGGCACCGUGCCUUCCUUCACCACGGCCGAGACCUACACCGUGAACUUUGGGGACUUCUGAGGGUCGGUGCCCCACCGCCCGAACCCCCUCGCAGCUAGGGGCCUGGGGCCGCAGCCUCCAGCGAGCGCAAGGCACUAGCCCCGGGCCGCUCCUCCUGCACAACCCCGCGCCCCCGUUGUCCCCCGACCGACCGGAAUGAAUGUGAUUGAGACCCGUGGGCCGGGGCGACCUCGGCCCUCGGCUGGCCGCCGUGGGGGGCGAGGCCUGGCCCCAGUCCGUCCCCCCGAGUCGGCCAGCCCAGGCGGGGGAGGCAGCCGGUCACGGGAGCCGAGAGGAGCCACCCCCUCCCUCUCCCUCCUCAGCCGAAUUUGAUCAAUAAACCAAGCUCUGGUGGCAGCCUC